UCCUCGAAAGUCGGAUGUGGCGUUUCUUCCAUUAAGUCAGGAAGAAUGCUAUCGUCGGCAAGACCUGUAACAGUAUAGUUAAGCGUCGUCUGUGAGAUACGAAAUACAGCAGCUCCAUGUCGGUAUACCUACAUUCUUGAUGUUUUUCACUGCCAUUUUCUUCCCAAGACCAGUUUCCUUGGUCUAUUUUGUCGAUUAGUUGCGCUUGGUCGAGCUCGAUACUGUCGAAGGAGGUGGAUGUCUUUCUUCUUUUCUCUUCAUUAAGGAUAGCUGCUUGAUUUGCUCUCAUAGCCUGUUUUGCAACUUCAGCGUUGGUUGGAUUUGGUUUCAUGGUAAAGAAAGAUAGAAAUAGAGAAAUUUCAUGCGAUGGGGAAGACAAAAUUUUGUUUCAAGUGUGACUUUCGGGCAAGCAACGGCGAAGACGUGGAACGACCCAAGGUAUUGUAUAGCCAUUAUUAUUCAAGCUUACGAUUUUGCUCCCAUUCAGCGCUACCUCUUUCUGACUGCUGGCGCUGACAUGUUAGAAGGCAACCGCUUUCCCAUCGAUAUUGUAGUUCACACUGAAGUGUCUUUUGCGCGCGCACUAAUUAGCGGUAUUUCAAUUUCUCGCAAAAUGACAUGAUGAAUAUGCAAAGAGUAGAGUUCCGAAAAACCCAAUACCAAAUAUCAAAUACUUUUCGGAUCCCUACAGCCAUAGACGUCCAUGACAUCAAUUCGACGUGAAUCGUUGUUCCUUCAGUAAAGCGAAAGCCCAGUAACAAUAUGGCUGGCCUAUCAACAUGACCGAAGCGGAACCAUCAAUCAACUUAGCCAGGAAAACCCCCCCAAGUGAAAUGAUGCUCCCUUGUUGCGAGAAGGAUUGCCAGUAGAGACGGAACUGGAGAGCAGGAAGGC